CACAAGAAGCUCCUGCAUUCUUGUCUGUCGGUAAAUAUGGUAAGGGUUCUUUUCUUUGCGAUUUGUGCACUUGUUAUAAACAGCUGUGUUUGUGCGACCACCACUGGGAGAGACAGACCAAAGCCACAUGAAGAAAAGCUAUCGGAAAAGGAGGGCACAGAAUACGACCAUGAGGCUUUCCUCGGAGACAUGAAGGAAGAAUACGACGACCUUCCUCCUGAAGAAGCUAAAAAGCGCUUGAGAAUUCUGGUCAAACGUUUAGAUACCGAUAAAGAUGGCUUUGUUACAGGGGAGGAGCUCACAAACUGGGUAAAAGCUGUCUUCCGCAAACGCUUGAUGAAUGGAAUAGAAGAUGAUGUCAAGGCAAAAGAUACCGAUAAAGACGGGAAGGUGUCGUGGGACGAAUACCAGAAAGAAUCGUAUGGCGCUGAGGAGAUGGAAGAUCCAGAUGAUGAAGAAACCAAAAAAAUGCUGCAAAAUGACAAAAGGCGAUUCGACGUUGCGGACAAAAACAAGGACGGAGGUUUGAGUAAAGAAGAGUUUGUUAACUUCAUGCAUCCUGAAUCAUCUCCAGAAAUGGGAGACGUUCAUGUCAUAGAAACUAUUGAAGGUGAGUUCUUGGUUACAAGAAAAUUUAAGAUAUUUUUAUCCACCUUGAGAAUUUUAAUUUCUAAGUAUUGCUGCUUCUGUAGAUUACUUUUUUAAAAAAAGAAAAUCGUGUCAAAACCGAUUUGUUCUUGUAACAGUUUUCUUAGUUCCAUGCAAUCAACAAGUUAAGUCGUGAUUGUUUUGCGAAAUCCAAUUAUGCUUGAAAAAUGGAAUAAUGCGUUAUCUCAUUAAAUUAGCAUUUGUAGCACUGGAAUUCAUUAUACUUUCAAAUCAGUGAAACAAUAGUCACACAUUGCACCGUUUUUGUUUUCAUUUUGAUUAGACGGCCUUAUAGGUAAGUUUUGUUGGAAUUAUGCCAAGGAGUCUUUUAAUAAUAUUAUGAUAUUUAUUAAAAAUAUUUUCUUUGAACAAAUAAGAAAAAUUAAAAAUUCAGCUACUAGUGGUGAAAAAGAUAGUCUGUCUCCAGUAUCCAUGGUUUUGUUUGGGAUAAGCUAACCUUUUAAAAUAAUUUAAUGGAAAUUAAAUAUUUAAAGAACUUGACAGGAUGUAAAAUUAAUAUCAAUAUCCAAUAACCUUGAUAUUUGAUCAGCCAUUUUUACUUGGGGGCUGAUAAAAUACAUUUUUCAAUUUAUGACUCAAACACUUUAUUUGACUUUCAGUGGGAUAGCUUAUUGCUAUUUUUUCUAUUUGCUUUGUCUUUUUUUUUCUUUCUUCCUAUUUUGAUCUGUAAUGUUGCAAAAAUUUUCAAUUUUUCAUUUUUAAAGAUUAAUUUGAGCAUAACCUGAUCAUAUGUGGUAAUUACAGGGAACCAGUAAAUGUUAUCAUGGAUAGUUUAGUAUUUUCCCAGUUAUUAAUCUAAUAUGUAAUCCUUUCACCACCCUGUUUUUCAAGUUUCAAAAGUAACCAAGAGGGAAUUUUUUUUAUGUGUGUGGGGAUAUUUUUAGCAUUUAUAGCAGCUUUGGACAAGAUUGGACAAUUGUUACAUCCCUUCUAUGAAAAAGAGAAAACUUCUUUCCUAAAGAAAAGAAGCUAAACAAGCCCUGGCGUACAAUAAUAUUACAAAUAUAUACAGUACAACCAGCAACAAGAUAGUUGAGACACUUAUUCCCAACAGGCUUUUACCCAGACAUUGAAAACUGACCGUCCAGAAGGCAUAAAAUUAUAAGAGAUUAAGUGGCUGGACACCCUUUCUGGCUAAAACCUUGAUCCCCAAUAUGUUCCAUAUUUAACUGAUACCUUCCUCUUCAAAUAGGACAAAGCAAGCCUUCCCUCUCCCAUUCCGUGUAAAAGGGUUUUACCAUUGAUCAAGUUACCUGCAGGAAAAGCUUUAGUGAAAAAGGGGUUGGGGACGGGUGCUGAGGAGCAUGAAGGGGUCCAGAUUGGUUUUUUUCUGCUACAUACCAUUAUUUCAUCUGUUUGAUGAAUGAGUCCAGUAAUAAUAAUAAAUAAUGAAGGCAUCCAUGCAAGAAAGGCCUUAGUGAAAUUUUUGGUCAUUUUUUUAUUUUGGUCCGAUUUUCCCAAUAUGUUGCAUGUGGACUAAGAUUGAUAAAAAUCAUAUUAUUCUGUAUUUUUUUUUUACCAAUUUCUGCUUUUUCUUCAAGAAAUAACCUAUGCAAAAACCUGGUCGGCGUUCUUUGCUUUCUAUUGUUCAAAGCGAAAUACAAAAGAAACGGUUUAUUGUAGUAAUGCUUACAUAACUUCUGCUUGCCUUUGCAGAUAUUGAUAAUAAUAAGGAUGGCUAUGUUAGCUUGGAUGAAUUCUUGGGUGAUUAUCGUGAUCCUGAUGACAAUGAGGCUGAAGAACCAGAAUGGGUCAAGGACGAAACAAAGAAAUUUAAGGAAGAAUAUGACAAGAAUCAUGAUGGAAAACUUGACAAAGAUGAGGUGGGUAAAUGUCUACUUUGCACUUGACUGAGCACGUGAUCAAAUAGGGAAACAGCUGCGAUAAAUACAGACUAUUCAACCCUUUGUGUAUGUAAAAUCAGGAUAUUUUUCUAAUUAUCAAUGAAUCGUGUAGGUGUAGAAGGUGCGAGCUGCAAGGGGGGUCUGAUGGCAUGUUUCCUCAGCAAAUUUUGAAAUGUCGAUGCUCUGAAACACCAUUUCUAGUGUUCUGAGAGGACAAUGUAUGUCUAAAAUGUACGCAAAAUUGAUUGUCAAUUUUAUGCUUAUUUUUAUUUGUGUGAUGUCAUUUUGAAUUUAUCCAGUUUUUGGAAGUAUUUUCCAGUCAAAGCCCUUAAAUGAGAACUUCGUAUAAACAACCACCUCUCAUAAGCGACUGCAACCACUUUUUGGCCUGACAGCUUUGACAGUUUUCCAUAGUUUUAACCCCUUGUAAGCGACCACUUGACUUAUGGUUUAGUAUAUUCGUUUCCUGUUAGUACUAGGCUACUCGGAGUAUACGAAGAACCUUAAAUGACAAUUAUAGAAUAUAGCAUUAUGAGGUCCGCUUCUUGAAAGAGACCCCUUACAGUUGGAUUCUCGUAAGCAACCACCUCCUGUAGGCAACCACUAAAUCUUCUCAUUUUGGUUGGUCACUUAUGGGUGGUUCAUAUGUAAUAACACUACAAGUAAGUAACAUAUUUUACAUGUAAACUUGAUAGGUCAAACUUUGGAUUCUUCCCGAGACUGACCAGAUGAUGGCCCAAGAAGAAGCACAGCAUCUGAUUACGUCAGCUGAUGAUGAUAAAGAUGGAAAACUUAGUGAGGAAGAGAUCGUGACAAAUCAUGAAACAUUUGUUGGAAGUGAAGCCACCGAUUAUGGCCGUGCUUUACCCAAACAUGAAGAGCUAUAG